AUGUCUGGCUUGCUAUCUUACUUCCUAUUCCAUCUGCUAAUUUACGUCUGCAUGUUGCUGUUUGGGGGAAAGGAAGCCAAGCCGCCCGAAUGCAUCGAGUAUCGCCGAUAUAUAUUUGAAAAGCGGCUGGUCUACUGCACGGGUGGAACCUAUCUAAACGUCUUUAUCUUCUUCGCCGCCGCCAAUCUGACUGGGCAGCUGAUGGAAUUCAUAGGACUGCCGGGGCCGAUAGGUAUGGUGCUUAGUGGCUGCGGUCUGCGUUGGUUCGCUGACUUAACCUAUCACGCUGAGAUUAUCCGUGGACCCCUUCCGAGUAGCUGGUGGAAUAUCUUUUGGACAACUAACCAAACACACAAAAACCUUAAGUUCCUCAUGAAAUGCAGUAUUAUGGUUAUGGACGAGGAUAUAUUCGCACGAUUCCGCCAGAUUGCUCUGGCAACAGCUAUCACACGCGCUGGCCUAAAUCUCAAUCCCUCCCUUGUUAAGCAGAUUUCGGGAGGAAUUGCUCGAAUGCCCAUCAUUCCCUGCCUCAUUGAAGGACUGUUAACCAUGCCUAUCUACAAGUAUUGGGUCAAACUCCCCUGGGCGUGGGCUAUCAUGUUAAGAUGUCACCACCCGUUGGAUAGGACUGGUGGUAUGUCAACAUGGACUGCCUAG